GAUGUGGGGACGGCAUUGGCCCAGUGUGCCGACGAACCUGAUCUAACCUUGAUGAGUACCUCUACCAAAGCGCCUGUCCAAAAGUCAAAUGAAUAAAUCGCUUUAGUUAGUAAACUGGGCCGCAUCCAUUUCACUUAGCCCGGCUCAUCAGACCUCUGCCGCGCUUGAAGUUGGGAGUUACAUCAGGCCACAUCUGCCAAUAAGAAUUGUAAAAGGGUGACUUGUCCCCACCGUGGCAGGUGCAGGGGAGUUAACAGGAGCCCGAGGGAGAAUGCCAGUCAAGCAGUCUCUCACCUGAAGAGGCCUAAUAAGUGGGGUCCGUCGCCUUCUGCAUUCUUCUGAGCAUGAACGCAGCUGAUAUUAACAACCGGGUUGUGGAUUUAGAGAGCGGGAAUGGCGAGCAGCCCUUUAUCCGUGCCCCUGGCUACUCCCUGGAUGAUUUUAAUUCAUUGAUUCGACAAAGAGUGGAUGAGCUGCUCUCGCAGCGCUCCUAUGAAAACCUUGUCAAGAUUCGGACUGCCAGACAAGCAACACCUGAGUGCAACUGCCCUCCAGGACCUCCGGGAAAGCGAGGAAGAAGAGGCCGCAAUGGAGAACCUGGACCUCCUGGCCCUCCAGGUCCGAAGGGUGAAAAGGGGGAUCAAGGCGACCAGGGACCACGGGGAUUGCCUGGUCUCCCUACGCUGGCUGCUUUGCACAGCAAUCAGAUCCUGACUGUCAAGAUGGUCUUCCCUAAGAUCAAUCAUGGCUUUCUUUCCGCUGACCAGCAGCUCAUAAAGCGGCGGCUGAUUAAGGGAGAUCAGGGGCAAGCAGGACCACCCGGGCCUCCAGGGCCACCGGGCCCUCCUGGGCCAAGAGGGCCUCCAGGGGACACAGGCAAAGAUGGGCCCAGGGGUGUACCUGGUCUACCUGGUGACCCAGGGCAGCCUGGAGAAACAGGACCCAUGGGACCUGAGGGGCCACAAGGGCUGAAGGGUUCACUCGGGCCUCCUGGCAUCCCAGGUGUUGAUGGACUAAAGGGGGAUGUGGGCAUCCCAGGAUUGGACGGUAUCCCCGGAGCCAAGGGUGAAAUGGGGGAGCGAGGUGAAAAGGGUGAUAUGGGUGAAGAAGGACUGAAAGGUGAUAUGGGGGAGAAGGGAGAUGCAGGCUCCUCUGCAGCCGGUAUCAAGGGCGAACCUGGAGAGCCUGGACGAGGUGGACAAAAGGGAGAGCCAGGACUUCCAGGGCUGCCUGGACUCCCAGGGAUAAAGGGUGAGCCUGGAUUCCUCGGCCCCCAGGGGGAGCCAGGACUUCCUGGACUCCCAGGAACUAAGGGUGAGAGAGGUGACCACGGGCCACCAGGAAAGGGUGAGAGAGGAGAAAUUGGACCUGUUGGACCAAAGGGUUCACAAGGAGAGGCUGGUACACCUGGUCCUAAAGGGUCAAAGGGGGAGACUGGAGAUAAAGGAGACUUGGGAACUGUCGGCCCGAGGGGUCCCCCUGGGCAGAAAGGAGAGCAAGGAGCCACUGAAAUCAUCGACUACAAUGGAAACAUUCAGGAGGCUUUACAGGGUCCUCCUGGGCCUCCUGGGCCAAUAGGACCGGAGGGUAUAAAGGGGGAUCGUGGUAUGCCUGGUCUCCCUGGUCUUGAUGGAGAAAGAGGCUAUAAAGGUUCAAAAGGAGACAUGGGAAUGCCUGGAGCUUCAGGGGAGAAAGGAGCAACUGGUUUACCAGGCCUACCUGGUAUCAAUGGUGUAAAAGGGGAAAAGGGAGAUCUAGGUCUACCUGGUCCUCAGGGUCCUUCAAUCAUUGGCCCUCCAGGACAGCCAGGGCCCCAUGGACCACCAGGACCCAUGGGACCUCAUGGUUUCCCUGGACCAAAGGGUGAACCUGGAUUGCAUGGUGUGAAGGGUAUGCGAGGGGAACCAGGACACAAAGGGGAUCGUGGACCUUUGGGUCUCCCCGGAGCCUCCGGCUUGGACGGCAAGCCCGGAAUUAGGGGCAUGGAUGGGCCUACGGGUCCAGCUGGUCCUGCUGGGCCAAAGGGUGACAUAGGUGAGAGAGGAGCACCCGGCGAGCCAGGACCAAGGGGACCUUAUGGACUACCUGGAGCUGCUGGAACGCCAGGCUUGGAUGGGUUGCCAGGCUUAAGGGGAGAGAAAGGCGACGUUGGGGAAAGAGGAGAAAAGGGGGAGAAGGGAAAGAAGGGCAAAAAAGGGCCUAAGGGCGAGAAAGGAGAACAGGGUGCGCCUGGAUUAGAUGCACCAUGCCCAUUGGGCCCAGAUGGAUUACCAAUGCCUGGAUGCUGGCAGAAGUGAUCACUCUAACCUGCAACGCAUGGAGUUUGUAAAUAAUGCUUCUUUUAUGGUAUUUAUAGGUUUUUUUUAAUGGAAAAAUAGUCUAAAAGAAAAGAAGUCUAUGUGUACAAUGAUACAAAAAGAGAUAACCGUCCCAAGUUUCACGCCCUACGCUGCUUCUACUCACAUCGCCGUGUGGAAAAAAACGUGUGUGUCUGCUCUCUCACAUCCACAUCGUGGUGGAGGUCAGAUCCUUGGCUGGCGGCAGAACUUGUCUCUUUAGCCUUUGCAUGGCUCAGACUGGAGCGCCGCAGCCCAGCCAGAUUCACAGGGAUGAAAGGAGACGUGGGAGGUGGAGGAGGAGGAGGAGGAGGAGGAAGCCAAGAACGUGGAUCUGGACUGGCUCUCUAACACCAAAUGCUAGGUGUUUUGUGUUGUCUCAACAAGCUCACCACCCAUUCAUGCAGCACCAUUUUCUAGAAGACUAAAAAAAAGAAAAAAGACUGUGCCAAACAGAACAUUGCACCCCUGACCCCUGCAAACGCAUGAGUAGUGUACUGAAACUAUAUUUAUAUGUAUUGUACAUACAUGUCACUGUUUUGUGGCUGCGUCAUGGCUUCUGCAGAAAAGAACAACAACACUAACAUAAAAAAAAACUAAAAAAAAACCCCAGAGCUCUGAAUUAGUAAUUUUUGCUUUCCUUUAAUCUUCCCAAGGGAGUCACGCCAUGGCUGGUAGCCUGAAAAUCCCCCGAAAGUAAAGCUGUGGGUUGUUGUUGCUUUAUUGUGGUGAUGCCUGCCGAGGGUAGGAAAUCAGCAGGUUUUCACCGUCGCCCUCCUGGCUCAGCAUCAUCAGUGUGGUGCCUCCGACAGCCGCACAUCUCCAGACAAGAGAGAGGUGGGGGGGGGGACCUGGCAUGCUCACUGAACCGGUAGGAAAACAAAUCAGGCUCUCAAGGAUUUGAGAUUGGACAGGCCUUCUCAGGACCCCCUCUGAGCACGGGAAUGGAUUCUGCGGGAGAGUCGACUACAGUCUCAUCGGUCUCCAUAGAGAUCAGCUGGAGCAUCUGCCUCUCCUGACAAGCAACGCUCCAGGGUCUACUGAGAGCGUCAGCAGAAUGCAAUCAUAUUUUUUUCUUCAUUUUAUUUUUCUUUUUGCUCUCAUUCUUAAAAAUUGUUUGUAUUUUGUGUAUAAUAGCCUUUGGUGCCUCAAGCUUUUAUUCAUUCCUUUAUCAGAAAUCUACAACUUUAUAUCAUAUUAUUAAUUAUUGGAAUGGUUUUUAUUUCAGAAGGGUAAGCUUUGUUUGGUUUAAAAAAAAAAAAAAAAAGUUGUGAUUAUUGAAAAGACACACAUUGCGCACUGUUUUUCAUAUGAAUUUUUACAGGAUGUUGAAAUAGCAUGAAGGUUGUAGCUCCAGCCGAGCAUACAGUAAGAUCGCGUCCAUCUUGACCUGUACAGCCUCGUGCUUUUGAGGAAGCUCAUUGUUUGUGCUAAACAAAUCCGGCAUUGUAACAAAUUAUGCUACACUUUCACUCUGGACUUGUUGUAUGGGAUGUUAUUUGUACAGUGUUGUCAAUUCACUGCAUGUACGCAAUUGAUUACUUAUGGAUUUCUUAAAUAUGGAAAACAAGCAUUGUUUUAGUGGAGCUGGACACACACAGCUUUGUUUCAAGCAGGGUUGGGGUUCAUUCGACUCUAACAGAGCGACGGUCAGGUUUAGCUGAACGCGCAGUCUCUGGCGUUCCAGGCGGGACACCUAUGGGCAGAUUGUGUUGAACAGAACCGUCUCAGUCGCGUCACACGUCUCUGCUACACCUCAUGUAUUGUCUUAAACAUAUAGGAAACAUGUAAUACAGUGCCAGAAAAGCUGAAUUUGAUCGACACAGUUCAGUCAAUUUCCAUUGAUAACCCACAAGCUAGCUGGUGGCCAGUUAUGUCACAUUCCAUAUCAGAUGGAGCAAAAAUAAAUGGAGCUAGGUUUAUUUUUCACCCCUGUCUAGUCAUCUUUUCCUGUUACUUAUAUUCAUAUUGCCUUCUGACAUAGUGGGUGCUAUGCAAGGUGAUACUCGCAGUACUCUUUUUUUUUUUUUUUUUCUUCAACGUUAGAAAUAUGCAUGAGUGAUUUACUGUAAGGGCAGGUGUGAAAAAAACCCACAUUUUGUUGUGAUGUAGCAGCAACCACAGGUGGACUCGAAGAUUUAUUCCGGUAUGGUUUGUUUGAUUGUACAGUUCAUCGCAUCAUUAUAAGGAAAUGAUGCGCUUCUGUAUAGAUUACAACGGUGCUAACUGACAGUAGGUCAACAACAGCUCGGUUGAUGCACUCUACCAGUGGCAAGAACUACACAACAGGUUUCUUUAUUGUUGUUGGGGUUUUAUGUGUGUAACAAUUUUAAGGUUUUUUUUUUUUUGUGCAUAUAUUUGUGUAUUUGUCUCAGUAUUUUAAGUGGUACAUUAUUUAUUUUUGUAUAAUUUCUUAAAUGAAGGCAUUUUGGUUCUGAACAGCAUUCCUUUGAGUUGUUUUGGCUUCCGAUGUCAGUUUCCGCUGCGUCUCUGUCGAUAUGAAGGAUUUUGGGUCAUAGUAAGGCAAACGGUACAGUGUGAAGGAAGCUGGUCAUUUACAAAUUACAGUGAGUUUUCACUUCACAUUAUAGGCCUUACCAUGGAUUACUUCUGCUUUUAUUUAAGUUAGUGUGUCAGAAAGCUAACUAUGACAACAAAGUACUGAUGGCCUGAAUGUUGACAGGCCCGGCAAAUGCAGCCGUGUUAAAUACCACAGCUUUUUCACAUGCUUUCUCUUCUCUCUCUCUCUCUCUCUCUCUGCAUUGAAUGUAGUUUGAUAUAUGUAUAGUGGAUUAUUAAUGUACUGUUAAAAUGUGUGCUCAUUUGACAAGAAGUGCAAUUUAUACUUUGGUUAAUGUGUGUAGCAUCAAAUGCAGCUGAAAUAUCACGCAACUGUGGUCUCUAUAGCUCCAUUUGUUCAGUCAUGCUACCCUGUAUACCACUACCUGGAAAGAAAAUGAUUAUUUACCAGAAGACAAAGAAACAAAUAUAAACCUGGACCUUUUAUUCAGUAUCAAUUCAGACUGGUUUAUUUUUGCUUCAAACUGUCCCUUCACUCAUGUUUUAAAGUGUUAUUUCCAUAUUAUUUACUAAGUUUUUGCAAUGUGUUUUUUGUUUUAUUCUGUGUUUUGAUGUCCAGCUAUUGUUACAGUAUUGGUUCUCACAAGGUGCUGUCUUUAGCAUGUGCAGCUAAUUUUUUUAAUUGAUUUUUUUUUUUUGUGUUUUUGAACAAUUUUUUUCUUUUUUCUUUUUUGUUUGUUUGUUUGAUUGUUGUGUUUCCUUGGUAACGUUUCACAUUGAGUUUAUUCUGGUAACAGCAGACGUGCCAAAAUAUUUCAAACAUUUAUUUCCAGUAUUACCAGAGCGGGUUAGGAGCCCCGAAAUGUCUCACUAAUAUCCCACAUCUGUGUAUCUGGCAUUGUUACAGAAAAGCUCUGAGUCAAGUUUUCCUUUAAGAAACAGUAGCAUACACUCCUUAACAUAUUGCCACAUAAUCUCCAAAAUAAAACCGUCUUGGUACAGAGGCAAAAAUGCAAAGUAAAAUCCACUUUGGGGCUUUUUUGAGUUACAACUGCAUUUUUUUACAUUGUGGUAUAUGUUGACUUUAUGUUCUGCAUUUGUGUUCCUCUUUUUUUUUUUUACCCACUUGAUUGACAUUUCUUUGAAAACCCUUGUGUUCACGCACUGC